AUGCGAUCUACCUCCUGUGCGUCCCAAUUGCGAUUCAUCGCAGCGCAGGCAUACCCUGAUCGACUUGACUAUUCGGCAGUCGAAUCAAAAUGGCUUGCCAAAUGGAAGGCGGAGAAAGAGCAAAACAUCAAGGAUACUGCUACCAGUAAAAAGGACAAGUUCUAUGUGCUCAGUAUGUUCCCUUAUCCAAGUGGGACAUUACAUUUGGGACACUUGCGAGUAUACACAAUCAGUGAUGUGAUCUCUCGGUUCCGAAAGAUGCAAGGGUUUAAUGUCCUUCAUCCAAUGGGCUGGGAUGCUUUCGGCCUUCCCGCCGAGAACGCAGCCAUUGAACGCGGUAUCUCGCCAGCCGAAUGGACCGUCCAGAAUAUCGAGAAGAUGCGUGGCCAGUUUCAGAUGAUGCUCGCCGAUUUCGAUUGGGAAAACGAAGUUACCACUUGUAGUCCAGACUACUACCGCUGGACACAAGAUCUCUUCUUGCGGAUGCACGAAGCAGGCUUGGUAUACCGGAAGGCAGCGGUGGUCAACUGGGACCCGAUCGACAUGACCGUCCUUGCGAACGAGCAGGUUGAUGCUGAGGGACGUUCGUGGAGAUCUGGUGCAGUUGUCGAGAAAAAGAAGCUGGAACAGUGGUUCGUCAAAAUCACAGAUUUUGCAGAGCCUCUCCUGAGGGAUUUGGAGACAUUGGAGGGCUGGCCACAGAGAGUGAAAACCAUGCAGAAGAACUGGAUUGGAAAGUCUUCUGGGGCAGAGUUCACGUUUCCUAUCAACGCGCCUGAUCUUCCACCAAUACAGAUCUUCACCUCUCGUCCCGAUACUCUCAUGGGUGUGCAAUUUCUUGCGGUUUCAGCAUCACAUCCGGUCGUCAAGCACGUCAAAGACACUACCCAGGAUGCUGCCCUACAAGCUUUUCUCGAGAAGAUGCCGACAUUGCCGGAGGACAGCAAAGCGGGUUUCAAGCUUCCCGGAAUCACAGCCAAGCACCCUCUGGACGACACUCUAGACAUACCAAUCUACGUCGCACCGUAUGUGUUGUCAGACUACGGCCACGGAGCGGUGAUGGGUGUCCCCGGUCACGAUGUUCGCGACAACAGGUUCUGGAAAGAGAACGAGCCAGAGACACAAAUCAAUUACGUCAUCAAAACCGAGGAGCUCACCGAAGGUGUCCCUACAGGUAAGAGUGGGGUGUUGACUGAAGCGAGCGGAAAGUUUUCAUCGAUGACGGUUAAGGAGGGCGGUAAAGCGAUCGUCGCAGCAGCUCAAGCAAAGGGUUUGGGAAAGUGGAGUAAGCAGUGGAGAUUACGUGACUGGUUGAUUAGUCGACAGAGAUACUGGGGUGCGCCUAUCCCGAUGAUUCACUGUGGUUCUUGCGGUGUUGUGCCGGUGCCGAGGGAGGAACUGCCUGUGAAGUUACCUUUGGAUAUCGAGCUGACCGGACGGGGUGGGUCACCGUUGGGUAAACACGAGGACUUCUUGAAUUGUAAGUGUCCCAAGUGUGGUGGUGCAGCGAAGCGGGAUACAGAUACCAUGGAUACCUUCGUUGAUUCAAGCUGGUACUAUAUGCGAUAUGUCGACCCCAAGAACACCCGAGCACCGUUCUCGUAUGAGAAGGGAAGCAGAAUGUUACCAGUGGAAGUGUACAUUGGUGGAGUCGAGCAUGCUAUUCUUCACUUGCUGUACUCCCGUUUCUUCGCAAAGUUCACCGCGAAGAGUGGUAUGUGGGAUGGUGGAGACACUGCGGAGCCUUUCAAGAGAUUGAUCACCCAGGGCAUGGUACAUGGAAAGACCUUUACUGAUCCUGUCACUGGACGGUUCCUCAAGCCGGAUGAGGUUGAUUUGACUGACCCGAAGGUACCCAGAUUGGUGUCAGACCAGACGAAGACGCCAAACAUCUCUUUCGAGAAGAUGUCCAAGUCGAAAUAUAACGGAGUUGACCCCGAAGCUACGAUUAAGGCCUAUGGAGCUGAUUGCACAAGAGCACACAUCCUAUUUACAGCACCUGUAUCCGAUGUGCUCGAGUGGGACGAGGAUAAGAUCGUUGGAAUGCAAAGGUGGCUGUCACGGGUCUGGCGUGUCGUUACCUCUGCCGCAACCAGACUGGAGGACAAGAACGUACCAGCUUUACCAGCACUUCACGAGAUGACCCCCGAAGAGAAGAAGGCGUGGAGGGACGUUCAUCUUACUAUCAAGAUGGUUACUGAAUCCAUGAGUACAACGUACAGUUUGAAUACGGUGGUAUCUGAUUUGAUCAAGUUGACGAACGCGCUCACGGCGUAUACGUCAAUAGGAGAGGCGUUACAGUACCAUGCCGCGGUGACAUUGGUCAAGCUUCUUGCUCCCAUUGCGCCGGCUACAGCGGAGGAGAGUUGGACAGUUCUCGGCAAGGGAGCUACGGGAGGUAUUUUCUCACAGCCGUGGCCGGAAUUCAAUGAAACGGCAACCAAGAGCAAUGAUAUGAAGGUUGUACUACAAGUCAAUGGAAAGAUGAGGAAGGUUAUUGAAGUCGACAGGGUGAUGAGCGAGGACGAGAUUAAGGAACUUUGCUGGAAGGAAGGAGCGCAAUGGCUGGUCAGGCGCGACGGACAACAGCCGAAGAAGGUGAUCAUCGCGAAUGGCGGAAGGAUCGCAAACUUUGUUUUUUGA